AAGGAAAGUCCAGCCAACAGCCCUUGACACACUGGAUUGUUUGAUGAUCCCACCUGAAGUAGACUAUGUCAGAGAGUCACAAUGACCUUGCACAGUAACAGUACCACCUCGCCUUUGUUUCCAAACAUCAGCGCUUCCUGGAUACACAGUCCUUCAGAUGCAGGCCUGCCCCCAGGGACUGACACUCAUUUCGGCAGCUACAACAUUUCACGAGCAGCUGGGAAUUUCUCCUCUCCCGAUGAUACCACCAGUGAUCCAUUGGGAGGUCACACCAUCUGGCAGGUGGUCUUCAUCGCAUUCUUAACAGGCUUCCUGGCCCUGGUCACCAUCAUCGGCAACAUCCUGGUGAUAGUGGCAUUUAAGGUCAACAAGCAGCUGAAGACAGUCAACAACUACUUCCUCCUCAGCCUGGCCUGCGCCGACCUGAUCAUCGGGGUCAUCUCGAUGAAUCUGUUUACUACCUACAUCAUCAUGAAUCGGUGGGCAUUGGGGAACUUGGCCUGUGACCUCUGGCUCUCCAUUGACUAUGUGGCCAGCAACGCCUCCGUCAUGAAUCUCCUGGUCAUUAGCUUUGACAGGUACUUCUCCAUCACAAGGCCGCUCACCUACCGAGCCAAACGAACCACCAAAAGAGCCGGGGUGAUGAUCGGCCUGGCCUGGGUCAUUUCCUUCGUCCUGUGGGCGCCUGCCAUCUUGUUCUGGCAGUACUUCGUAGGGAAGAGAACCGUGCCUCCGGGGGAGUGUUUCAUCCAGUUCCUCAGCGAGCCGACCAUCACCUUCGGAACGGCGAUCGCCGCCUUUUACAUGCCUGUCACCAUCAUGACUAUUUUGUACUGGAGGAUCUAUAAGGAAACCGAGAAACGUACCAAAGAGCUCGCUGGGCUGCAGGCCUCGGGGACAGAAGCAGAGGCGGAAAACUUUGUCCACCCCACAGGCAGUUCUCGAAGCUGCAGCAGCUACGAACUUCAGCAGCAGAGCUUGAAACGCUCGGCCAGGAGGAAGUAUGGCGGCUGCCACUUCUGGUUCACCACCAAGAGCUGGAAGCCCAGCGCCGAGCAGAUGGACCAAGACCACAGCAGCAGUGACAGCUGGAACAACAACGAUGCUGCCGCCUCCCUGGAAAACUCGGCCUCCUCCGACGAGGAGGACAUUGGCUCCGAGACCAGAGCCAUCUACUCCAUUGUGCUCAAGCUCCCUGGUCACAGCACCAUCCUCAACUCCACCAAGCUGCCCUCUUCGGACAACCUGCAGGUGCCUGAGGAGGAGCUGCGGGCGCUGGAUGCCGAGAAGAGCGCCAAUAAGCUGCAGGCCCAGAGGAGCGUGGACGAUGGUGGCAGCUUUCAGAGAAGCUUCUCCAAGCUUCCCAUCCAGUUAGAGUCUGCCGUGGACACAGCCAAGUCCUCUGACGCCAACUCCUCGGUGGGUAAGACCACGGCCACUCUACCUCUGUCCUUCAAGGAAGCCACUCUGGCCAAGAGGUUUGCUCUGAAGACCAGAAGUCAGAUCACGAAGCGGAAGAGGAUGUCCCUCAUCAAGGAGAAGAAGGCAGCCCAGACCCUCAGCGCCAUCCUGCUGGCCUUCAUCAUCACCUGGACCCCCUACAACAUCAUGGUCCUGGUGAACACCUUUUGUGACAGCUGCAUACCCAAAACCUAUUGGAAUCUGGGCUACUGGCUGUGCUACAUCAACAGCACCGUGAACCCCGUGUGCUAUGCCCUGUGCAACAAGACAUUCAGAACCACCUUCAAGAUGCUGCUGCUGUGCCAGUGUGACAAAAGGAAGCGGCGCAAGCAACAGUACCAGCAAAGACAGUCGGUCAUCUUCCACAAGCGCGUGCCCGAGCAGGCUCCGUAGAGGAGCUUUUAUCCAUAGCAGAGACAUAAAAACGCACACGUCGACCCACGACCUUAGGYGGAGUCAGGCGAGGGUGGGGGCGACUCCUGGUGAUGAUAAAAAGAGUUUUUAUCAGCCAGAUGUGAAAGAAGCUGCCUGUUUACUCACCCACUGAGUCAACCAAUUUUAAUAUAAAGCAUCAAAUACCAAUUCAGCAAAAAAAAAAAAA